ACAAUUUCAGGCGAUGGGGGCAAGGAAGUGGGAGCAGCUAGGAGUGGCAACGUGAGUUUCCACUGGCAGGAAGACGCACUCGCAGUUGUCGGGUAUCGCCGACAUUCUCAGAUCUGAGAUUUCGCCCGAUCAGUCUGCACACUUUUCGCCACACCUCCACUGCUGCCUCAGUGCCUGCGCCCACGCUACCUCUUCGUCUUCCUACAAAAGUCUGUCAUGGACGUCUCAGACAUUUUGGCCGCACAGGCGGCGAAACAAAAGGCCGUCACUGUCGAGAAAGAAAUCCCCCUUGAAGUGGACGCGGGUUUCCUUACCGUGACAGAUUUAAACCCUAUUGACACGGAGAGCUAUGACGAGGAUGUUGAGGGUUACCUUAAGGCGACCGCUCGGGAUGGCGUCCAAGCACUCGUCUCCUCUCUGUUCUCCCUCCCUAUCACCUCUUCCCCUGACGGUCCCCUCGCAAAACUUCCUUCCCCGACAACGCAACUUCCACGCGCCAAGCCCUUACCGAAGCCCAAGCCCCCAACAAAAUGGGAGCAAUUCGCGAAGGCGAAGGGCAUCCAGAAGAAGCGGAGAGAGAAGAAGGAAUGGGAUGAGGAGAAGCAGGAGUGGGUUGACCGCUGGGGAUGGAAGGGUGCGAACAAGAAGGAAGAACGGCAGUGGAUCACGGAGGUCCCCGCAAACGCAGACGCAGACCACGAUCCUGCAAAAGCCUCACGCGAUGCACGAAAAGCAAAGGUUGCUAAGAACGAGCGGCAGCACCAGCAGAAUUUAGCUCGUGCGCAAGGACCACGCGCGAGUGGCACCGGCACCGCUCCUGCCAACAGCGAGCGAAAAACACAGAUCGACAGAACACUCGCAACCACGCGGUCAAGUACAGCAAGUAUGGGCAAGUUCGACAAAUCGCUGCAAGGCGAGAAAAAGCUCAAGGGUGUUAAGCGGAAGUUCGACCCAACCGAGGUCUCUGCAACGGCGGAGAAGUCACACAACCUUGCCAUCCUGCAAAAGCUCGAUCGGGAGCCAGCAGCGAAGAAAGUCAAGUUCUCCGGUGGAGAUCAAGUACUCAACGUACGUAAGGCGAUCCGAUCCGUCAGCAAAGGCAAGGGUAGCGCAGCGCUGGCCAGAGAGGGUGGUGGUGGUAAGGCGAAGAAGGGCAGAAGAUGAUGAUACUCUUGUAUUUCCCAGUUCUCUUCCCUUCCUUUAUCAUUCGCAGUGCAUAGGAGC